CGGGUAUCUUCGGUUUUUGUAAUUCAUUCACCCAACUGACCCGACCACGAAUCAGUCAUUAAGUCAGCUGUAACCUGGCCUACCCGGCAUAUUGACAAAAAUUAGUAAAUAAAAGUAUUUUUUAGUUGAUAGCUAAAUGUAUAUGAUGUUAAAGUAAAAAUUUAUAAACUCAAUUGAUCUACCAAUAAAAUAAUUAUUAAAAACAAAUAAUCAGGAUGUUAACCCGAAGAUUGUUGCUAUAUAACUGUUUGUUUACAAGCAUUUAUUUUUCAUCUAUUUUAAUUAUACUAAAGUACAAUGACACUUUAUAUAAUGUUGAUACUUACAAAUAUAUUCCAACAUUUAUUAUAUUGUCUAGUGAAUUAAUUAAAUAUACACUUUCAAAAUUUUAUAUUAGCCGUUACAGUUUUGAUAGAAUUGAUUCAAAAGUAUCAAAUUCAAAAUAUAAAAAAAUAUGGCCGAAAGUCUUCAAAGAUAUUAUUAAAUUUAUAAUAAUUAUUUUUAUGUUAUUUAUUGUAUAUUAUAUUGGAAUUGUAUUAUUUGGAGCACCAUUGAUAACACAUCAAGAAGAAACAACAAUGCUUGCUGUUAUUUUAUCAGAAUUAACUUUUAUUCCAGCAAGUAUACAAUUAGGUAUUGAUGAUACGUUGACACUUUUAACUUUAUUUCCAUUACCUAGCAAUAAUAUCAUAGCAGAAGCAAUGGAUCGUAAUAUUAAAUCUACAGUGUUAGGUACCUGGUUAGGAGCUAUUGUGAUUCCCUUAGAUUGGGAUAGACCAUGGCAAGAAUGGCCAAUACCAUGUGCUAUUGGUGCACUUAUUGGAUACAUUGUCGCUAAUUUUAUAUGUUUUAUUAAAUUACUGCCAGUUUAUAAAUUUUUCAGAUCCAAAAAAUUUGAUAGAUAAUUUAGAAAUCUUAUAAUUUUUACCUGUUACAAGCUUUAUGAUGAUGAAAGCAAUCAACAUCAGACAAUUUUUAUAAUUUUUGAUAAAUUUCAUUUGUGAUCGUUGAUUUAUUAUCAUUUGUAAUUUGUCGAAGAAAACUAGAAAAUUGUCUGACGUAUAUGCGACAUUUAGAAUCAUUUAAUUUUUUUUAUACAACUUUUGAAAAAUUAUACAACUGAUCAUUUGUACAGAAAAAAAAGAGUUGGAGACUUAGUAAGAUAUUAUUUAUAAUAUUUAUCUAUAAUUAAUUCAAUAAGGAAAAUAAAACUUUAAACAUUCGAUUAUUUGGGUAGAAAAUUUAAAAAAAGUUAUGCCAUUUAUCUUUUAAGUUUAUCUACUAUCUAUUUAAUUGUAAUUAUAUCCACCAAUACUGAUUAUUCUGUAAAAUUAAUAUUGU